AUGGCCCUGGCCCAGGCACCCGAGGGAGCCGCCCCUGCCCCUGCUGCUGCUGCAGAGCCGCUCUACGGGGGCUACACCCGCUUCGAGUUGGAGCUGGAGUUUGUCCAGUGCCUGGCCAAUCCGUGGUACCUGAACCACCUGGCCGUGCAAAAGUACCUGGACAACCCCGAUUUCGUCGCGUAUCUCGACUACCUGCAGUACUUUGCCCGGCCCCAGUACGCAAAGUACCUCACGCAUCCCGGUCCGACGCUGCGCGCGCUGCAACUGCUCCAGCAAGAGCAAUUCCGCAAGGAAAUCAUCAUGCCGGACACCGUGGGCCGGAUGAUUGAAGAGGGCGUCCGAGCCAGCGCCGGCGAUCGUCACGGCCGGCCGUGA